AUGGCGCCAUAUACAUACAUACAGUGCCCAUGCUCUGACCCCUCGGACCUUGGCCGACCGCAAGGCAACUCGUCUCCAACCCAGAGCACAUCUACGAAGGAUAGCAAUGGCAACCUGGUUGAGGAAGAGGACGAGGAUGGGAGGACAUUUGACCCCCGCUCUCCGCGCUCCAAUUACAGCCUUUACCCGAUUGAAUACCUGCUCUACUGCGAAGAUUGCCAUCAGAUCCGUUGCCCGCGCUGCGUCGCCGAAGAGAUCGUCACGUACUUCUGCCCAAGCUGCCUCUUUGAGGUGCCGAGCAGCAACAUAAAAAGCGAGGGUAAUAGAUGUACCCGUAGUUGCUUUCAGUGUCCAAUCUGCGUCGGAAUCUUGUCUGUCACAAGCCUUGAACCGUCAUCGUCCAGUCGUCACCUCGCAGCCGAUAACACCGCUGCGCUCCCGGGAGGUCCCUUUGCUUUAAACUGCUCCUACUGUCAAUGGAGCUCCCUGGAGGUGGGUAUCAAGUUUGACAGAUCAAACGCUAUAUAUGGACAGCUCGCCAAGCUCCGCAACGGCGGCCGACCGCGGCUUUCGCGGAAGGAGCAAAAGGAACGUCGAGACGAGUCAUCGGCAAUUCCUGAUUCUGGAACCGGCGCUGCGCCGUCUUCGAUCGAGGGAGAGGAGGAGCAAAAGGGGACCCGGGACCGCGGGGACGCAGAAGACGACGAGCUUGAUGUCGAGACGCAGUUUGCCAAGCUCAAGUCUUUUUACAAGUCACAACUAGCGGAUACGUCGACCAGCAGCGGUACUGGGGCUUUGUCGUCCUUGGGAAACCUGGCCAACUUUGGCCUUGGUUCUCCAGGGUCACCCUCAAUGUCGCGGCUCAUGUUCAUGUACACGGGCGCUAACCCGGCCGACACUCGGCGCAAGACCCGCAUGCACCCAAUGCGCGAGGCUAUCGGCCCCCAGGAGGGUCUAAAGGUUUUGUACGAACCCAAUGCAAAGAUUCAAGAGAAGACUGUUGAAGGAGGGACUGAAGAAACAUCGCAAAAUAAACCAAAACCAAAGAACGGACUGGAUGAACAUGCAUCCAUUGUAAGAUUACGCGAGGUAGGCUGGGAUGCAACCACCACGACAGAGCAACGGGCUGCCCAGGCUCCAAAUGCCGCCGCUCCUGUUAGCGCGCAGCACAUUCGCUUCCAGGACGACCUGCGGCCCAUCCCCGUCCUGCUGCGGACAAAACGGUCAAAGCGUUGCCCGAUGUGCAGGCACAUCAUGACCAAGCCCGAGGCCAAGGUGGCAUCCAACAGGUUCCGCAUCCGCUUGGUCGCGGGCAACUACAUCCCCAGCAUAUCGGCGCGCUAUCUGUCUGGCGGCAACCCCCCGCCUGCGGAGCCGCCCGGAACCGUCGCGGCACACCAUCUCCUCAAGCCCCUCGAGCCGGUUCAAUACCUCCUGACAUUCAAGAACCCCAUCUUCGAAUCCGUUCGCGUGUCCCUUGCCACGCCAGCCGUCACACCAGGCCGCUUCGGCAGCAAAGUGACUUUGCUGUGUCCACAAUUCGAGAUUGGGGCCAACACGGACGUCUGGGACGAGGUCCUCAAGGACGGCGCUCCAGGCGCCGACACCUCGGCCAGGAGGCGGACGAUGGUUCGAAAGCCGGACGGCGAGGGUGGGCAGGCGGAGGCGGGCAAGAUCUGGGAGAAGGGCCGCAACUGGGUCAGCGUCGUGGUUGAGAUCGUGCCGGCCUCGCUCCGAGUAGACAUGCUGGGACUCGGAAAGCCAGCCGACGAAGUGGAUCGGAGCCCGCUAAAGGAAGACGAGGAUCUCCUCGAGAUACCAAUGUUUGUCCGAGUCGAGUGGGAGGCUGACGCGGCCAACGACGAUGUUGGCCAAGCCAUCGGCAAGGACAAGGAUACUAGAGAAAAGAGGGAGCUGGCAUAUUGGUGCGUUGUUGGCAUUGGCCGGAUAAUAAUCAGAGGCACCGGUCUGGGGGAACUCGAAAACGACGCUACGGCCAGUGAGGCGGCGGUAGACCUCGGAGUAGGUGUCGAGGCGGUAGUCAACUCCACCACGCUCCUUCUCGUCGAGGAUGACCUUGAGGGUCUUGGAGUUGUCCUCCUUGGUGCGGAGGCGCUUGCCGACGAUCUCGACGGGGUAGACGAGGUCGGUGAGGAUGGCGUCGUGGACAGCAGUCAGAGUGCGCGAACGGGGGCGCUUCUGCUUCUGGGUGUUGCGCGAGCGGUUGGAGCGCUUGGGGCGGGGAAGGAUGCGGCGCGAGGCCAGGAUGAGAACGUGGCGGUCAGAGAACUUCUUCUCGAGCUCACGGGUGAGGCUGCGGGGAAUCAUGUCAGAGAAUGGGAUCAAGAGCGAGUGCAGCUAAUCGAGGAGCAAAAACUUACCGCUGCUGGACACGGUGGAAGCCCUGCAGGGAAGGGACGGGGACAAAGAUGA